AUGAACAAUUUCAAAAUUUCGCAACAACAAAAUUUCAAUCAACAAAUUGGUCAACGUAAUUAUGAUCAACCACUGCAACCUUAUGUCCAACGCAUUCAGAAUCCAGUUGAACAACAGCAACUUCGACAACAUGCCCGACAACAACAGUUUCAACAAACCCAAAAUCUUGAUCAAAGUAUUAUGCCUUUUGAUAAUUCAUCAUCGAUUAUUACAACAAAUUUACCAUUUAAAAAAAUAACUGAUAACGAUAAUGACUUGUUUAGAGUACGCGCUAAUCAUGCAAAGUUAAAGCAAAGAUUUAGACUCUUGGAACAACAAGUUAAUCAACCAUUAGCAAACAUGGCUACACUAGAACAUGUAAUGUUAGCAUUAGCACCACUUGUUGCUCAAAUCCCACUAUAUACUGGUCAGGAACCACCAGAUGCUUAUAUCGAUAAAAUGGAACAACUAUUCACAUAUGGAACUGCAUUAAAUGUUGCCGGUUUCAAUGCAGCUGUAAAAACAGAUAUUUUGAAAUCGAAAAUCCAUGAUAAUGUUCAAACUCAGAUUAUGCCUGUUAUUCAACCAGCUAUGCCUAUUACGCAACCAGUUACUAAUCCAACUCAAAAUAUCAUAAAUAGUAAUCAACAAGUUAUUGACCAGUUAAAAUCAUUAAUAAUGCAAAAUAAAGCUGUUAAAAUAAGAGAUCCAAUUGCCCCUCCACCUAUAUUUCAAUCACCUCAACAAUAUAAAGAAGAUAGGUGGUUAUAUGAUAUGGGCUUGGUUGAUGACGAAACUUGGAAAAGAUUCUAUCCAAAUGAACCAUUCCAAAGAUUUUGUCCAAAGACAGAAAAAGCUAAAAAAUAUGCCGAGAUGAAAGAUAAAUAUAAAAUGUAUCGAACUAAAGUAGAUUUAGUAACCUGCUAUGUUGGUUUCAAAAAGGUUAAUUGUAAUCUAAGUCCUGGAUUCCAAUUUUCUAUGUGUUCAGAUAAAACACUUAAUCAACUUGGAUUUAAAAUUGAUAGACCAAUAAGCUCAGAAGAUAGAGAAAUGCAGCAACGCCUGUUGGAUGAACUUCAAAUCUAUACCACUAGAAUUGUUAUUGAUAUGCUUGACUGUUGGGUUAGAACAGUCCUUCACAUAAAAAGCCUUAGCGGAUAUAAAAAUAAAUGGCUUCAUAUUCCUGUAAUUGUAAUAUACCAAGAUUAUACUGAAACAGACUCAGAUUCUGAUACGACUUCAACUUCAAGCUCUGAUUUGGAAUAUAAACAUCAUAUAAGUAUUGAUGAAUCGGUUUCUGAUUUCUAUAUAUUUUAUUCCGAUAAAGUUAUUGAUCCCCUUAGCCCUAGAGAUUUAGGAUUUCUUAUGAGAAUGUUUUGCGUAAAAUUGCUUCAUAGAAGGCAAAAUUAUCAACAAAUUCCUGAUGAACAAUUUCAAAAUUUCGGUCUGCAGUCUCAACAGCAACAAAUUUAUGAUCGAAAACCUCAACAAAUACUUCAGCAACAACAAAAUUUCAAUCAACAAAUUGGUCAACGUAAUUAUGAUCAACCACUGCAACCUUAUGUCCAACGCAUUCAGAAUCCAGUUGAACAACAGCAACUUCGACAACAUGCCCGACAACAACAGUUUCAACAAACCCAAAAUCUUGAUCAAAGUAUUAUGCCUUUUGAUAAUUCAUCAUCGAUUAUUACAACAAAUUUACCAUUUAAAAAAAUAACUGAUAACGAUAAUGACUUGUUUAGAGUACAAUCUUUAUCACAACCACCACCACAACAUUACCAUCAAUUAGUUUAUAUUGAAGAGGACUCGCCCAGAUCAUCUUCACCUUCAAUCAAUAAUGUUCUUGAAUGA